AUGAUUCGCAAUUCUACAUGGAUUAAUUGGAUUACGUGGAUUACGGAAGAACUGCAGAUGGUCGCUCGUGAUAUCGAGAAGGCAGGCAUUGUCUUCGUUAUCCAGGUCUUCGUGACAAAGUUUCCCGGUCUCAGCAUUGCGCUGGGUCGGCCUGAUUGGGAUAACCUCUUCCAGCAUGCCCUGUUAGGCGCCCAAGGAGAGAGCGCUAUUGGUGUAUGUGGGCCUCUUACUCUUUCGAUCGAGGCUCGUAGCAAGGUUGUCGCAUUGAAUAGAGAUGGCCAUCGCGGUCUUUAUCUGCACGUCGAGAGCUUCUCGUGA